AUGAACCCCGAUCAAUCAUCGGACGACAGUAGGCGCUCUACAAGUUCCGCGUCGCGCGGCCCCCCUUACUCUCGACCGCCUAUAAAAGCGACGGACCGACGACGUCUCCACACAGUCGUUGAAUCGCCAGCGAUGGAGUCGAGCGACUCUCGGACCAAGGCGUACAAGUUCGUCGCCUACGCGGCCGUCUCCUUCUCGGUGGUCGCCGUCCUUUCGGUCGUGCUCACUCUGCCCAUGGUCUACAACUUUGUCAACCAUGUUCGACUUCAGAUGGACCACGAACUCUCCUUCUGCAAGGUUUUUCUUUCGCCAUUCGUUUUUUACAUACCUUUUUUAUAAAACUCGAAGCAGUAGGUCCUACUCACAACCUCUUUUUUGAUUUUUUGGGAAUGAGUUGAGCUUGACUUCAAAGCUAUUCGCUAUCAGACCUCAACUGAGUUGGUUCAAGUAAUGAGAAAGUUGAGAAAGAUCGAAAUACGCUCAUAUUAUUCACUCCUAAAAACCCAUGAUUCCAAUUUUAAAUUCCAACUAUUCUGUAGUUUGCCUAUCGCCUAACGGAAGCCUUUUUAAGAAUUUUUCGACCGAACCUUAGAAAUCACAUUUUUUUUUUCCAAUCUUGCACUUGUGUCCAAUACGACGAUGUUUGAAACUUCAGAAAGUUGAAGCUCACACCGGAAGAGCGAAUCAUUCUCAAUGAUUCGUUAGUUAGUUGCGUAGGUGACAUAUGAUUAAAGAUCACUUUUUUUUCCUUCGUUCACAUGGAAAUGUUCACGGAAAGACUAGAAAACAAACCUGAUUGAUAUAUUCCAGGGCUCCGCAAAAGACAUCUUCACCGAGGUGAACUUCAUGAAGACGAACGCCGGUCCAGCUGCUCCACACAAUCGCACGGCUCGUCAGUCUGGCUACGGAGGACCUGAAGUCAACGCCGGACCAAACCUUCAGUGCGAAGGCUGCUGUCUGCCCGGACCACCAGGACCGGCCGGAGCCCCAGGAAAGCCUGGAAAGCCAGGAAGACCGGGAGCGCCAGGAGCGCCAGGAUCUCCAGGAAAGCCGCCUCAGGCGCCAUGUGAUCCAGCCACGCCACCACCAUGCAAGCCUUGUCCUCAAGGACCACCCGGACCUCCAGGACCACCAGGAGCUCCAGGAGACCCAGGAGAGGCUGGAACCCCAGGACGCCCAGGAACCGACGCUUCUUCCGGACUUCCAGGACCUCGUGGACCAGCAGGACCACCCGGAGAGCCAGGACAGCCAGGACCUCAAGGAGACCCAGGAGUUCCAGCUCAGAGCGAGCCACUCACGCCAGGAGCUCCAGGAGACGUUGGAGACGCAGGUAACGUUUUUUUUGGGCCUACGUUGCUUCAAAAUUGGCGACCAUUCAGUUAAAUUUGUUUCCAGUGCUUUUAUUGAGAAAAUAUUGAACCAAACGAAUGAUUUUGCAGGACCGCCCGGACCACCAGGACCCCCUGGAGCGCCAGGAAACGACGGCCCGCCAGGACCAGAAGGACCAAAGGGAGCUCCAGGACCAGACGGCCCACCGGGAGUCAACGGACAGGCUGGACCACCAGGACCUCCAGGACCGGCCGGUACUGCCGGAGAGAAGGGAAUCUGUCCCAAGUACUGCGCCCUCGACGGCGGCGUCUUCUUCGAAGAUGGAACUCGGCGCUGA